AAUUCCACUACUACAAUAUUUAAGUACAUUUCCACUACUACCCCAAAAGAGCUUUUUAUUAAGGUUCAAACCCCUCUCUCUCUCUCUCUCUCUCUCUCUCUCUCUCUCUCUCCUCUUUGAAGAAACAUAAACUCUUACUACAACACAAACUCCUCCCAUGGCUAGAGCUCCAUUAAUGCUCAUUUUGCUAUUUAUUUUGGCUUUUGCUUGUGUAAAUUGCUCCAUUGCAAACACAAAAAAAAUUGUGGGGUUGUAUGAGCUCAAAAAGGGAGAUUACUCUCUUAGAAUCACAAAUUGGGGUGCCACAAUCACCUCUCUUAUCCUCCCUGAUUCAAAAGGAAAUUUGGCUGAUGUUGUUCUGGGUUAUGAUGGCAUUGGCCCUUACAUAAAUGAUACUACUUAUUUUGGGGCAUUGGUGGGGCGUGUUGCAAAUAGAAUUGCUCGUGGGCGUUUCGUGUUAAAUGGAAAACCCUAUCGAUUAUUUAUUAACAAUGGAAACAACUCACUCCAUGGUGGUCACAGAGGGUUUAGUAAGGUAAUUUGGACCGUGAAGGAGAAAAUGGAUGGUGAUUACCCUUACAUCACAUUGUAUUACCAUAGUUUUGAUGGGGAACAAGGUUUUCCCGGCGAUCUUGACGUUUAUGUCACCUACAAGAUCUCUGGCCCGUAUGAGCUAAGCGUCCACAUGAAUGCCACCGCCAUCGACAAGGCGACGCCGGCCAACCUCGCGCAGCACACCUACUGGAACCUCGGCGGUCACAACAGUGGCACCAUCCUCUCCAACACGGUCCAAAUCUUCGCGUCUCACAUCACCCCCGUCGACGCAUCCCUCAUCCCAACAGGCCAAAUCGCGCCUGUCGCCGGCACCCCUUACGAUUUUCUGCAACCUACUACGGUCGGUAGCCACAUCAAAGAAGUCAGCGGUGGCGGGUACGACAUCAACUACGUGCUCGACGGAUCGCCGUCGCCGAACGGGAUGAGGAAGGUGGCAGCGGUGAGGGACGGCCGGUCGGGGCGGGCGGUCGAGCUGUGGGCGAACCAGCCGGGAGUGCAGUUCUACACCGCGAACUUCUUAGACAAUGUGAAAGGGAAAGGCGGCCAUGUCUACGGAAAGCAUGAUGCUUUGUGCCUUGAGACUCAGGGGUUUCCUGAUGCAGUGAACCACCCAAAUUUCCCUUCCCAAAUUGUGAACCCUGGGGAGGUUUACAAGCAUGACAUGUUGUUUAAGUUCUCAUUUUAGUUGAAGGAACAAAUCCUUUAUUUUUGUCGAGUAAAGGGAACAAGAGUUUAUAAGAUUGUUGGUUGAGAAGUUGUGAUGGAAUUAAUUAAUGAUUUGAUGAAGGGGGUUAUGAAAGAUAUGAAUGUUGCUUUGCGAUAGCGUGCUUUGGAUA